AGCGUCCAUGGGUAAAACCAGUUCAAAGAGCGACGAACAGACAAUCGACAAACAAAUCAUUUUUAAGUCAAAGCGCGGAAAAGUGUACAAGAUUCCUGCCAUUUACUACAACGAAAAUGACAAAAGGUUGUUUGCCUUUGCAGAGAAGCGGACAUCCCAGGAGGAAUCUGACGCGGUGGCGCUGGUCAUGAGAAAAGGGAAAGUGAACAUUAACUCGGAAGUGAAGUGGUCAAAGACUAAAGAAGUCGUGAGGAAGUGCUCCUGUGGAUAUCGUCCGAUGAACCCCUGCGUUGUGUAUGAAAACCACACACAGACACUGUUCCUUUUCUUCAUCUAUGUCAUUGAGACAGAGUUAUGGCAGAUAGAGCAUCACCAGAACAAGGCCCGUCUGCGCUACAUCACAAAGAAGAAGAAUGAGAAGAAGUGGAGUAAAUUCACUGAGCUGACCGACAUGCUGCCUGUGUUUAAAAACUGGUCCACAUUUGCUAUUGGACCGGGCCACGGCAUUCAAACUGAGAGUGGCAGAAUGAUUGUUCCAGCUUAUGCGUUCACAAAAGACAAAGAACCGAUUCCACAUGCAUUCUGUUUUUAUAGUGAUGAUUAUGGUAUCACAUGGAAAUGUGAGGAAAUGCUGUCUGAAGCAUCAAUGGAAUGUGAGAUGACUGAGAUUUUUGAUGGCAAAGUAGAUCGCUUGAUCUAUUGCAGUGCUCGCAGUUUGGGAGGCCAUCGAGUCCAAGCUAAGAUAGAUAAGACUGGUUUCCAUACACUCACAACUGUUACACCCCUUGAGGAACUAAAUGCAGGUUGCCAGGGGAGUGUGAUUUCCUUCCCAGCUCAGUCUGGAGAUGAAGACCCCAGUCAGGAAAAGUGGCUACUUUUUUCACACCCAACAAAACAGAAGUCAGAUUGGGAAAGACUUGAUUUGGGAGUGUAUCUGAGCACUUCCCCAGUGAGAUCAAAUGGAGAAUUGAAUCUGGUAUGGAGCCAACCCUGGGUCAUUAACAAGGGACCCAGUGGUUACUCUGACCUGACCUACAUUGAAGAUGGCUGGUUUGCAUGUCUGAUGGAGUGUGGAGAGAAAACUCCUACAGAUAAGAUAGCAUGUCAGAUGUUCAGCUAUGACGAGAUCCUGAACGGCAUUCCAGACUCCCAGACUUGAAAAAACUGUAUCAUCAUUAUUCAAUAGAACAAUAUUUUGUGUGGUGUAAUUAGUGAUGUUUGCCAGCAAUGCAAUGUAGACCUCAUGUUCAUUCUUUGAGCCGCUAUUAAACAUUCUUAUGACAAAUCGCAUAUUUCAGUAUUAAAAUGGCUUAUUUUAUUGUUCUGAUGUAAUAUUCUAAUUGUAAUUGUUGUGUUCUCAUUAGCUAUGAGCAGAAAGCAGAAGCUAAACCAUUUGUAUCCUCUGCAACAUCUGUUCUAAGUUAGCAGGGCUUCAUAGCCACAUUGCCUUUAUUUGAUUCUCUUCAGUUUGGUUUCCUUUAAUGAAUGUGAAGUAUUUUUAUUGAAUCUGUGGAAUUAAAAAAUGAUCUAGGUCAAUUUCAUUUGAAAGUGUUUUCAUCAUUCUC